CAAAUAUAAUAUAUCAGGUGAUCAGCUGAGUCGGGGAUCGAGGUCCGCUGACUGACUCUAAACUGUUUACAACUUGCUCGUGCAGCACACGCCUCCCUAAAUGUUUAACCAACUUCGGCAAGUUACGUCAGCGUUAAAAUCCAUUCCAAACCAUAGUUUGACUUCGACACUCCAGAACCAACCCAUCACUAUUUGUCGCAGAUUCUUAGCCAGUAUGCGGUUCGUCCAGUUCGAGGAGUCGGGCAAGUCCAGGGUGGGAGUGGAGGUAGAAGCCGGUGGUGAAUUUGUAGAUCUCUGCGGCUCUGAUCAGACGAUUCCAGACACCACUUUGAAGCUGAUUGAAGGCGGGGCGGAUCUCUUACAAAAGGCACACAAUGUCGUUGAGUCUUCAGAUCGGCGCGUUGUGAAGAGGGCAGACGUUAAACUCUUGUCCCCCAUCACGAACCCUCAGAAAGUGCUUUGUAUCGGCAUGAACUAUCGAGACCACUGCACAGAACAGAACUACCCCAUCCCUACCGAGCCAGUCAUCUUCAGCAAGUUUGCCAGCGCUAUCAUAGGUCCUAACGAUGAUGUCGCCUAUCCUGAGCUCACAGAGGCUCUCGACUGGGAGGUCGAGUUGACGGUGGUUAUCGGGAAGGGCGGCAAGAACAUAAAGGAGGCAGAUGCCAUGAACCAUGUAUUUGGAUACACCGUUGCACACGACGUCAGCGCUAGGGAUUGGCAGAUGCAAAAGAACGGAAAGCAAUGGCUUCUGGGUAAAACGAUGGAUGACUUCUGUCCUCUUGGUCCUGCCAUUGUCACACCUGACGCUCUUUCAGACCCUCACAAGCUAGGACUGAGAUGCAGAGUCAAUGGAGAAACCAUGCAGGAGAGUAACACAGAGCAAUUGAUCUUCAAGACUGCUUCCCUCAUACAAUUUAUUUCACAAUUUAUAACAUUGACUCCUGGUGACAUCAUCUUAACGGGAACGCCCCCAGGUGUGGGUGUCUUCAGGAAGCCAGACCCUGUCUAUCUAAAGCGUGGUGAUGUCGUUGAAUGUGAAAUCGAUGAGAUCGGAACUAUCAGGAAUCGCAUCGUUUGAGACUUGCAGCAGGACAUUCUGGUCAUGGUGACAAAAACAAAGUUUGAUGAAUUUGUUGUUGAACUGUGAUGUACUCCUGGUAAUUCUUCAUAAUGCAUAUAGCUCUCUGAAUUCCACCAAUUGUGAUGCUCUAUUUUUUAAAAUGGAAAUCAGCUAAGUUGCUGGGAAGGGUUCUCAUGAUUAUAAUCCUCCAUGCACACCUUUUAUAUUGGUGGCCAUGGACUAUAUAUCAAGAGAGGCAUUCAUCCUAUCAAAAAGAAAGUCUUCCUUAUGCUAGAUGGACAUUCUUGAAGUUGGUCAUGAGGACAAUCUGUGACAAAGAAGUAUUAAAAAUCAACGAAAAUUGAAAGUCAAAACUUGGCAAAAUAAUUAAGAAGGAAAGGAUUACAAGUGAUGAAGGUAGACCAGGGGGUGUUUCACAAAGACUAAGAUAAACUUAAGUUGGACUUGAACUAUGACAGGCCAUUCAUGCCACUGCUUGCUCUUACCAUCGGUCUCUCAAGGGACGUCACAAAUCUACAGAAUCUACAUUUUUUUACCACGAUUUGUACGUCCCUUGAAAGACCAAUGGCAAUAAAUGGUGAGAGUAUACAGUGGCGUGAGUGGCGUGAGUAGCCUGUCAUAGUUCAAGUCCAACUUUAGUCGAUCUGCCAGAGUCUUUGUGAAACACUCCUCAGAAGUUGUCCCAGAGUCUUCAUCUUUGAUAUGUGUUUAUGAAAGUGGUUUUGCAUUUUUUUAAAUGAAAACGGUGAAUAAAAUUCAAUUCGAUUCAAAUAUCAGAAUCAGGAGCAAAUAUUGGUUAAUAUCGGCUAUAUAUGUGAUAGGGAGAAUUCAUUGAGGUUUCCAUCCACUCUCAGACAUGCAGAUCAUGCUAACAAAUUUUACUCUCAGUUUGAGUCUGUAAAAAGAAAAUAUCUUGGGGACCAUUUAAAAUGUCUGAUAUGUUAUAUUCUGGUGUGAAACGUUAUGAAUUUCCAUUUAAUAAUUAUGAUAAGUGAAGCAAAUGUAUAUUAGUAAGAUGGAGCAUUGAUCUCUUCCCAAAACAUGUCAGAUUCACACGUCUGCCCAGGUUUUUGAAUGCUUGUUCUGCUUAUAUCAUUGAUAUUGAGCGAAUUAUGUGUGAUCCUGAAACCUGGAUGUUACGAUGAGCAAAUGGUCAUACUAUCAAUUAUUGUAAUAAAUGUAAAUGCUCUGUUCAUGCCUUUGAAAUAAAUUUUUGUUAUCAUACUUCUUGUCAUAUGUUGAAUAUGAGGGCAUUUAGAGAGUAUAUGUACUUUGAUAAUUAAAGAUUAAACAUGAAUGACAUACAAUGAACAAAAUAAGGAUCAACUCGAUCUUCUUCAUAGUGAUCAAAAUACCAUUUAUUGAAAGUGUGUUACAUUGCAGCAUACUGAAUUGAACCAGUGCAUAAUACAUUUUGACAGACUUUAUCACAAUCACUCUAAUAUACAUAUUGUAUAUUAUACAAAUAUUGCAUGCCCUGGCGUUCUAUAUUAACAAAAUAUGUGAACCGAUACAUUCAGAACUUUGGAGGUGAAUAUAUGAUAUAUUGAACAACGAAAUACAUUCAAUAUUUGUUAAGUAAAAUAUAAGGUAUUUUUGAUCCUUUGGAGGAAGGCCUUCCCAAUUAAAUUUAUGUUGCCUUUGCAUCAGAUACGCACAGCUAAGAUAAUGCAAAGAAUGGAUGCGCAGUCUAAUUAAUUUUUUGUGCGUCUUUAACCGUGCAAAAAAAGGUUUCUGUUACAAUAAAUGCUUGUGCAUAUAAUUUUUUUUCAUUGUCACAUGACACCUUUUCAGCCAAUAGGAUAUUCUCUAACAAAUACCCUAUCUAUAUUUCCAAAUGUUGAAUUAUAUGAGCUGAACAGCAACUAGAAUACCCAAGUGAUAUCAUGAUAAUAUUAAAUAUUUAUAGAGCGCAUAAUAAUCAAACUUUCUCUAUUUGAUGUACAAGCAUGAAUGACAAGAGAAAUAUAAUCACACAAAGAAAUCAACGAAGAGAAGUAUACAAAUCUUAUAACUACUAAAAUGACUAACUUUAACAUAGUAACUGACAUUGUAGAAAUAUAACUAACAUGGUCAAAAAAAAUAAUGUAAGUAAGGACAAAAUACAGUUUAAUCUUUAAGGCCAAAGUGGUGCGUUUUUUAGUAAAGAUUUGAAGUCGCCAUAAAAUAUAUAUAGAAUAAAUAAUUUAAUGUUGAUAAUCAAUAUUCAUCGACACAAAAGAAACAUAGUCACAUACAUUUACAAUAUGUAUGCAAUCAAUAACUAGAUGACACAAGUAAUAUAUAUAUUUAGGGUUUUUGAAUUAUAUCAAAGCAAAUUCAUCUCAAAGAAAAGAAAAGUUGUUUAUAUAAUUCGUGAUAUUUUUAAUAUUAAAAGCUCUAUUUGUGCACUACAUUUAUUUGGAUAAGAA